AUGCCACCUAAAAGUAAAAACAUGCAUGCCGAAACUAUAAAACAUUUGUGGGACAUUGGUAUAAGGAAUGCAAGCGAAAUAAAACAGAGAACAAAUAUUCCAACAUCCACAAUUUAUUAUAACAUCGUAAAACUUAAAAAAACUGGAAGUAUCGCUCAUAAAAAACGUCAAGGACGCCCCAAAAAAAUUACCGCAGAAAGUUCUAGGGCAAUUGCUCAAUUUGUAAGAAGGAAUCCCUCAGUAUCUUCACGAACUUUAGCAAAUAAAUUAUUUAAAAAAGGUGUAAAG